AUGGUCAUACCAAAUUCCGGCCCUGAAAUUCCCGGACACUUUUGGAGAUUUCAGCUAGUGUUCAUGGACGAUGAUAUACAACCAUCAGAAGCAAAGCUUGGUGGGAAGGGUGUGUACGUCACAUCGUAUGUCUCCAUGGAUGACCCAAACUUUCGCGGGCCACAGCAAGUCUACAUCAUCUUGAUUCAAAGAUGUUUUUACAAACGACUUGUUGAGGACAACGACGAGAAUAGUACCCAAAAUACCCUCGAGAGCGGUAUCUCAGGCGAUUCUCGAGGAAAUUCUGGCAGCAGUGAUGAAGAGGAUGAAUAUGAUAGAAGUAUACUAGAAGGUUUACUCUUGCAAGCGAAAGACAAGGCCCUAGCGACGUUCUCAAGGAUUGGAUACUUUCGUGUUAAUGACUUGGAAGGCCUUGAUGAGACCUUCGACGCUCAUCUCAAGACAGAAGAACGGGUUAUAACGCUCAUAUAG